AUGGAGAGCUUCCUAAGCAGUAUCAUGGACGAGGAUGCCAUCUCUGUUGACCUCAUGGACGAGCAGUGCUAUACCCGUGAAGGUUACGACGCUGAUGACAUGGACAUUGAUACACCGACACACUCAUCCGGCGCGGAAUCUAUCGAUCCUUUUGACUUUGUGUACUCGAACCUCCCAAACAGCACACACAUUCUAAAGCAAGAACCGAACUGCGAACACUGCCAUGCUAAGAAGUUUGAGCGUGAGACCGAUGGUUUUUGUUGUCGAAACGGAACUAUAAAGCUGGCUGAACCAGAGCCUAUCCCGGAGCUAAUGAGGUUAUGGUCUAGCGCAGAUGCAGACUCUCGACAUUUUCGGGAGAGCAUACGAUUCUUCAACGGCCACUUCUCAUUCACAACUCUUGGCGUCAGCCUAGACAACGACUGCACAAACAUGAGGUCCGGGGUGUACACAUUCCGAGCUCAAGGCAAGAUGUACCACAACAUGCAUUCAUUCGGGCCGAACUCUCGCCCGGAACAUCUACAACUCUACUUCUACGACGAUGAUCCAAGUCUGGUACAUCGCAAGGAAGCCACCAAAGACCUGGACCAAGAGGUCGUGCGGAAGGUAGUGGACAUACUAAAAGGAAACCCCUACUCUGAGAAGUUCAGGAGUUUGGGCGCCCACAAGGACAACCUCCAGGACUACCAUAUAGAACUGAAUACCGACAAGAAGCUAGACCAACGGAGAUACAAUUUACCGGUGUCAUCCGAGGUGGCUGCGAUCUGGGUCGAGGGAAGCGACCUGGCAAAUAGGUUCAAGCGCAGCAUUACCCUAUACGGAAAUAACAAUGAGAGGCAUAGUAUACAUGCCACCCAAGGAUGCUAUGACCCGCUCUCGUACCCCCUCUUCUUCCCCAAGGGGGAGCUCGGUUGGCAUCCAAAUCUCCCUAAACGUGAUACGCCUUGGCACGUUGCGCAACUAUCAAGAGAGAACCGCGGGGACGAAGAUGGAGGUGCCAAUAUAUGCGUCUCCGUAAGGGACUACUACUGUUACCGACUACAGACGCGUCCGGCUAUAUUCAACCCCAUACUACAUGGAGGGCGUCUCUUCCAACAGUUUAUGGUCGACAUGUACAUAAAGAUUGAGGGUUGUAGGUUGAGUUGGUUCAGGGAGCACCAGCCAGAGAUACGUGCCGAUCUAUAUAAAGGCAUUGUGGAUAGCAUCACGGCUGGAGAGACUCGCGCAAGCGCUAUUGGGACAAGGAUUGUUCUCCCGUGGAAGUUCCAAGGGUGCUUCCGAGACAUGAAGCGCAGACAUAUGGACGCCAUGGCGUUGGUGCAAACGUACGGCAAGCCUGACAUCUUCCUGACGAUGACCUGUAACCCAAAUUGGCAGGAGAUACAAGAUGCACUGCUUCCAGGACAAACCCCACAAGACCGACCAGACAUUGUGGUCCGAGUGUUUAGGUCCAAGCUGGAGAUGAUGAAAGAGAUGUUGACCAAGAAGCAUAUCCUAGGCGUUGUGAAGGCCUACGUCUAUAGCAGUACGACCGCAGUCAUAUCCGCCGAGCUCCCGGACAAGAAUAAGUACCCGGAGCUAUACGCCAUAGUCGUGAAGCAUAUGAUGCACGGCCCAUGUGGUGUCCUCAAGCCAAACAACGUGUGCAUGCAAGAUGGGUCGUGCAAGUGUAGGUACCCGCGGGCGUUCAACGAGACCACCGUACAAGGGAAAGACUCAUACCCCAUUUAUCGGAGACGGAAGGACGGCCGUUGUGCGAAGGUCCGAGGCCAGAUGCUAGACAAUAGAUGGGUUGUGCCUUACAACCCAUACCUCUUGCGGAUGUUUGACUGCCACAUCAACGUGGAGGUGUGCUCCAGCAUAAAGGCCGUCAAGUACCUAUAUAAGUACGUAUAUAAGGGCCACGAUCAAACUUCAUUCAAUAUCGAGAAGCCCGAUGCUGAUGGUAACAUAGACGAGAUCAAGAGAUUCGUUGAUGCAAGGUGGGUUACUCCACCAGAGGCCAUGUGGAGGAUAUUCGGCUUCAAGCUAUGUGAAAACCACCCGUCGGUCCUACCGUUGCCGCUUCAUCUCGAAAAUAUGCAAAUGGUCACAUUCAAAGCGGGAGAUAACCUAAACAACGUCGCCGCCCGAGAGAACCCAUCCAUGCUGACGGAGUAUUUCGUGGCUAACGAGAAGCACGCGUGGGCUCGGGAUAUACUUUACAAAGAUUUUCCGAGAAGUUUCACAUGGCAAACAACAAAGUACUGGAAGAAAAGGGACAAGGGCCAACAAGUAGGUCGAAUCGUAUCAGCCCAUCCUGCCGAGGGGGAAAGAUACUUCCUAAGGGUGCUUCUAAAUCACGUACCAGGCUCAAGGUCCUUCGAAGAUCUCAAAACAGUGAACGGUGUGAUAUGUGAUAGCUUUCGUGAAGCCGCUGAGAGGAGGGGUCUCAUCGAGGCUGACAACACGCUCGACGAGUGCCUUACCGAGUCAGAGCAGUUCGCCAUGCCAGCCUCACUUAGGAGGCUGUUCGCAACAAUCUUGGUAUUCUGCGAGCCUGGAGAUGUGCGUGGCCUUUGGGAUAGGCACCUUGAGGCGAUGUCUGACGACUACCGGCGUAAACAUACAUGCCCAAAAGCAGUGGAGCAGAAGGUGUUGCUUGAUAUCAGGGGCAUGCUGCAGUCCAUGGGCAAAGACAUAAAAUCGUUCCCUCUACCAGACAUCGACGAGACCUAUGACAACACAGAUGGAGAGGCCAGGGAGGUCAUCGAGGAAACCAAUAUCCAAGUAGACAAGGAAGACGCUUCUCUAGCGACCUCACUAAACCACGAGCAGAAGCUUGCCUACGACGAAAUACUAGCGGCAGUUGAUGGCGGAAAUGGGGGCGUAUUCUUCGUGGAUGGCCCAGGAGGCACAGGGAAGACCUACAUUUACAGGGCAUUGCUCGCUAGGGUUCGAGGAGAGAGAAAGAUCGCGUUGGCCACAGCGACGUCAGGAGUUGCCGCUUCAAUCAUGCCAGGAGGCAGGACAGCCCACUCGAGGUUCAAGAUCCCACUAAACCUUGAAGAAGGAAAAUCAUGCAGCUUCACUAAGCAGAGUGGGACAGCCAAGCUCCUGAGAAUGGCUUCACUCAUUCUAUGGGACGAGGCAACCAUGACAAAACGGCAGGCAAUUGAGGCGUUAGACGUAAGCAUGCGAGACAUCAUGGAAUGCCCAUACCGACCUUUUGGGGGCAAGACUGUCGUGUUCGGUGGGGACUUCAGGCAGGUGCUUCCGGUAGUGAGGAAAGGGUCACGAGGUCAGAUAAUAGACGCAAGUCUACGGAGCUCGAAACUCUGGAAGGGCAUGCGCCAGCUAAAGCUCGUCAAGAACAUGAGGGCGCAAAACGACCGAUGGUUCGCGGAUCACCUCCUGAGGGUGGGUAACGGCACUGAGGAAACCGAUGAGGAUGGAAACAUCCGGCUUCCCGAAGAUAUAUGUGUGUCGUCUACAGGCAAUGACGCGGCUGAUAUAAAGAAUUUGAUCGACCACAUGUUUCCUGCCCUAGACCACAACAUGGAAAAUCCGCAUUACAUGACUUCUCGAGCGAUUCUCUCCACAAGGAACGACAGUGUCGAUGGAAUAAACAUGCACAUGAUUGAGCGUUUUCAUGGCGAGGAGACGAUCUACUAUAGCUUUGAUAGCGCGGAGGACGAUCCACACGGCUACUACCCUCAAGAUUUCCUGAAUGACCUAACUCCUAAUGGGCUUCCCCCGCACGCGCUUAAACUGAAGAUAAAUUGCCCAGUUAUAUUGUUGAGGAAUAUCGACCCAGCUAACGGGCUAUGUAACGGCACGAGGCUUGUGGUUCGUGGAUUCCAGAGUAACGCCAUCGACGCAGAGAUCGUCGUGGGACAGCACGCAGGGGAGAGGGUGUUUCUUCCUCGGAUACCUCUAUGCCCAUCCGACGACGACAUGUUCCCAUUUAGAUUCAAGAGGAAGCAGUUCCCGAUCAGGCUCAGUUUUGCCAUGACGGUCAACAAGGCGCAAGGGCAGACCAUCCCGACUGUGGGCGUGUACCUACCAGAGCCGGUAUUCUCUCAUGGCCAGCUGUAUGUCGCGUUGUCCAGAGCCACCGCUAAAAGUAACAUCAAGAUCCUCGCCAUCAAGGACAAUGGAAAGGACAAGACAAAUAAUUCAAAGAAAAGAAAAAGAACCGAGUCCUUAGUGACGACCACAUUGAACAUAGUCUACAAGGAAGUUCUUAGCACUUGA